GGCAUGCUGGGAAUUUGGUGUCAUGGCUCCAUGACAACAUCGGCACAUGAAUUUGUUACUACUUACGACUACUUAAUAACAACCAAAUUCGAUUUAUACCUAUAAGCCGGAGAAUCAAGGAGAAGAGAGGAAAACAUGGCCGCUCCGAACAAAGCCCUCGAGUUGCAAAUGCAAAUGCGGCAGAAUACUGAGGACCUGCAAAGCUUCAUGAGGGAUCUGGAGACCUGGGAGACUGAUAUGAAAACCAAAGAUGAGCAAUUAAGAAGAGGCGAGGAGGGAGACGCCAAGCCAAACCUCCCUCCUGUACGCAACAAGGACUACCAAGCAAAAAUGAGGGCGAAGAAGAUGAAGAUGGCCAACGGUGACGUCAAAGCAGAAGAAACAGACAGCCAGAAGCCAUCGAGGAUCAAAUCGAAUGAUUAUCAAUCGUGGGACAAAUUUGAUGUGGCCAAGGCUUUGGAGGAGGUGGAUAAGGAGGAAAGUCCCAACGAAUCAGAUUCGGAAGAAGCUGAUCAGGAGGGAGCUUUAGCAGAGAAGGAAAAGGGCAACGUAUUUUUCAAAGAAGGCAAAUACGACGACGCUGUCGAGUGUUACUCCAGAGGAAUGACCGCGGACCCUUACAACCCCGUUCUUCCCACCAACCGAGCCACCGCCUUCUUCCGCCUCAAAAAGUACGCUGUGGCCGAGUCAGACUGCAACCUGGCCAUCGCUUUGGACAGCAACUACUAUAAAGCCUAUGCACGGCGAGGAGCGGCCCGCGUAGCGCUGAAGAACUUCGACGCCGCUUUAGAAGAUUACCAAACCGUUCUCAUGCUUGACCCGGAUAACCUGGAAGCACAAAAUGAAGUGAAGAAAAUCAAACAAAUGCUCGGACCUCAGGAGCCGAGUGAGGGAACGUCGCCGCAGGCCGAACCAGACGUAGACCAGGAGCAGAAAAGACGAACGGAGGAGCAGCAAAGACGACAGGAAGCCGCGGUGCAAAAAGACAGAGGGAACGCUUACUUUAAAGAGGGAAAGUACGACGCGGCCGUGGAGUGCUACAGCCGAGGCAUGGAAGCCGACUGCACGAAUGUUUUGCUGCCCGCCAACAGAGCCAUGGCUUUCCUCAAACUGGAGAGGUUCAAGGAGGCGGAGGAAGACUGCACCAAGGCCGUCUCUUUAGACGGCACGUAUUCCAAAGCGUUUGCGCGACGAGCUACUGCUCGAGUGGCUUUGGGGAAGCUGGAGGAAGCCAGGAAAGAUUUUCAAGAGGUUUUGAAGCUGGAACCCGGGAACAAGCAGGCCCAGAGCGAACUCCAGAAACUCCAAUUUGACGACGUUUCCAGCGGCUUCCUUCAAACAUCUGACAGCUCCCAGAGGAGAACGGUGCAGCCCGUUGACAAAGCGCUUCACCUACGCUCCACUAAACCGAUGAUGAGGAUCGACAUCGAAGAGAUCAGCGGUAAGGUGACCUUACCUGAUGAGGCGAAGGAGGGCCAGUCCGCCCCGCUGUCGACGAUGGAGAUCCAGGAUAUGACAACCUCCCCCUCGCUUUCGUCCGACCAGUUAGUUAAUAAAAAAACGCUUCAGCAAAACUUCACACAAGCCAAAAUGGAUCAUCUAGAAGAAAGCGUCCUACCCCACCCCUCCAUAAAUCUCCCACCGCCGCCCUGCAAAAGCUUCCAGCUGGAAGCCGACCUGCGCAUGAUCGGAAACCAGCCCGAAGUUGUUUACAGAUACUUGAAGCAAAUUAAGCCAGAGGAGUAUGCGCGGAUUUUCCAGAGUUCCCUUGAACCUCACAUCCUCAGUCAGAUCUUGGAGACGUUACGGGAUUUCUACAUCCAGAACGAAGCUGCGGCCGUCACAGCGGACAUCCUCCAAAGUCUAUCGAGCGUGAGGCGCUUCGACACGGCCGUCAUGUUCAUGUCUUCCUCGGAGAAGAAAGUGCUUAAAGAAGUAUUCGACUUCCUCCGCAAAGCCGAUUUGGACGUAUCGUCUGUCGCAGCCUUAGAGAAGAAGUACGGCGUGUGACCUGUUUAAUGGAAGUCAUGCUUGAAUGAAAUAAAUAUAUAUUUUGAAACUUGG